AUGCCAUUCAAAGUCUACACCACAGAGUCGAUCGGCGCACCGCGAAACCACAUUGCUAUCUACAUCGAGACCGCCCCGAGCGAAGAUGCAGGUGCGCUCCACCAUGUCACCGGGACGAUCCUCAACGGCAUGGACUACACGCCUCGACCGACACCGAACCCUGAGCACCUACAGCAUGUGCCAUCAUCCAUGAAGCUGAUUGCAACCAUUGAGGAGAAGGACCUGGAGAAGUUCCGAGAAGAGGUCUGUUUGGCGGUCACACCUCCAAGGGCCCAGGUCACGCUACGAGGAGCCCGUUUGUAUCCUGAUACUCCACUGUAUCGCUGUGGGGAUUGGCUGAAAGAUGUUCAAGAGAUGGCGUUCCGGAAGGGGAUCUUUAAGUCUCUUUGA